GGAAAACAAAAAACAAAAUUUUACAGGCAGAAAUCUUAAAAAUAGUUUUUUUCAAGUGAAUUUAAAUACAUAUUGCAGCAAAAAAUAAGUUAAAUUAUAUAAAUUCAACAAAAUAUACGUGGAAAGAAUGUCAAAAACAUUUAAAAAAUAAAAGUUGAAAGAAAUCAAACAAUCUCAAAGAAAAAAAAAAAAAACUUUUCCAAGGGAGUCCAAAAAUGCAAUAAAACUGGAAACUGUGUAUAUACACAGAUAAGAGCAUAUAGUAUAUUGUAAAAAUGCUUUUUAAAUACUAACAGGAAAUCGCGGAAUCAUUGUGAAAUAUAUUAAACGGCUUAAAGCGUCACAUAUAGCUCGUCCACCAUGGACAGAGAUCAAGAAACUUUGGAUAGGGUAUUGGAUAUACCCAAUACAAUUAGUUUAAAUCCUUUUGAUAGGACACCCAACAUAAUGGAUGACGAUUUAAAUAGCGUUACUCAAGAGGAAUUGGAAGCCAAUUUAUCUACAGAUUGCCCAACUGGUGACAUGGAUACGACUCCGGCACAAAGUUGUAACGACAUGUGGGAAAAAUUAAUACAAAGUUUUUUAGAAGAUAAUUCUACUCAAGAUGCUGUUGUACAGUCAGUUAAUACAGAUCCCACAAUGUUUGAAACGGAACAUACAUUGGCGAAUGAAGAAACAGUGGAUGAAAAUACUUCGGCUAAAGAAGAAAUAUCAGAUGAAAAGACUGAAGUUGAAGGAAUAAUGAAUGUAGUUUUGGAAGAUAAACACUCGAAUGAGGAAAAUGAAAUGGAAACACAAAAUCCUGAAGUUGUGCCUGAGCCAAAUCUGUUAAAUACGGAAAAUGGAAGUUCUGCUGCUCCUUCAGAAGCACUGAAAGAGGAUAUAACUGUCAAUAAUGAAGAAACCCGUAUGGAUAUUAUCAAAGAAGAAGAAGUGUUAUUAUCAUGCAUGUACGAACUAAAUGUAGAUGUUCAAGAUGAUCUGUGUCAAGUUGAGGUGUAUGCCACCAAUCGUGAAAAUGCCACCAACAAUAUGAAGGAAGAAGAACAUAUUAAAGGCGAGUUUUAUGAUAAUGAUGAAGAUGAUAGUCUCAGUAAUGUUUCAGCCCUAAGUAUUGGAUACUUAGAGCCCAAAGAACAGAAGGUAGGAUGCAAAAAGGAAGUAUCGAGCGAGAUAGAGCGUUUGAAUGAAACUCAGCUCUCCACAAUAAUCAAUGAUCAUUGUUAUUCUCAAGAAGUUUCUAUAAAUGUAGAUGAGUGUGAUGUUUUAAAACAAAAUGUCAUUAAUCACAUAAUGACUCAGAAUGUCUCUAACAAAGAUCAUCAAAAGAUUGCCAAAUUUGUUGACAAAAUACUUAAUAAAUUGGAUAAUAAUAAAUUGGAUAAAAUGUUAAAUACAUUAAAUACCACUGACACAUUAACAGAGGAACAACCUGAACCAGAAGAAUUUCACAUUAAAAUUGAAACUGAUGCAAAUUCUACGGAUAAAAAUGAUAAAUCAGAAGACAUUCUAAGUCACCAGGAUCAAAAUCUACAAGAGGAACUGCCACAGCUGCAAGAACAACAAAAACCAUCAGAAGAUGAGCAUAUAGCUGAAACGAAUUUACAGGAAGAAUCACCAGAAAAUGAUGAAAAAGAAGAUGUUCAAGAAAACCCACAAGAUGAAGUAGAUAAUGAAACUCCAAGCAAUGAUAAUGAAGUUGCAGAAGAAAGUCUGCUAAAUAAAGAACAUCAAGAAAUUGCUAAUGAACAACCUGAAUCUAAAGGAACAAAUCAUGAAGGCUCUAAUGAGGAAUCCCAACCUGUUAAAACAGAUUCUGUCGAAACUAAAUCUCUAAAUGGAACAUUGCCGUAUAAUUGUUCCGAAGAUAUUGAACAUCAAAUAUUUGAUGAGGAAUUUGAAUUGCUGUGCAAAAAUGGAGUUUUACCAUCAAAAAGAAGUGACACCAAAACUGAAGCACAUUGUCAAUUGUUAGAAAAGCUUAAAGAUUUUGCUACACAAAUGCAAAAGGAUUGUGAAGAUUUUUCCACAUGUUCUUUGGAAGACAAAUUACAUGAUUAUAUAAAGUUGCAAUACCAAAAUUUUCAAGAGUUAUUUACACCACACAUUGUAUUUAAAAAAACAAUAGAUACCCAAACAAAAUCAAGAAAAACAACAAAACGCAAACGAAAAACAAAGAGUACGGAUACAAAAAAUAAUUUUUCAAAAACUUCCGAUAUCUCAUCACGUUAUUCGUCUACUUGUACGUCAUCGUCUUCAUCUUCUUCGGACGAAGCUGAUAAUAAUGUACAAACAACUUCUAUUUAUUCUAAAGAGGAGGAUCCUGACAGGUCUGCAUAUAAUAACGCUGCACCUAGCGAUAUAAAAUCUUUACCCUCUGUUGAUUACUUUAAUAAUAACGCUUCGAACUAUGGUCGAGAAUAUGAUGAUGGCAUUGAUCUAUCACAAUAUGUACAAUCGGAAGUAUUUAAUAUUAAUUCACUAUCUCCACAUUCCACCAUGUUAUCAGACUCAGAUUCUGCGAAGGAAGAUAACGAGGAUAAUGAUGCAGCUGCUGCAAUACUUAGUAAACACGAUUCAUCUCACCUUAAUGCUGAUCAAUAUGGCGAUAGUGAUGACACAAUGCUUUUUAAGAUAAGUUCUAAGAAAAGCUCAAAAUCUAAUGACAGCUCAUCGGUUAUAUCGUCUGCUGAUGCCUCGAAAUCGAAUAAAAGUCAGGCUGACAAUAUGUCGGUACAUAGUGAAAGUGAUAAAGAAAAUUUGACUUCGGAACGUAAAGAGAGAAAAUCUAAUGAAUCUAUGGAUGAGGAUGAAAAAAAUGAUAGAGAAAUUGAUCGUUUAACCAAUAUCAGUGGCUUGACUAAGCGUUCAGUAUGUAAUACAAAUUCGACUAAGGGUUCGGAUAAAUCUAAACCAAAAGCAGCUCCAGCUAAAACUCUUAAUGAUCGUUUUGAUUUUAUGGAUGUUGAAUUUGGAUCAGAAGAUGAGGUUAAAAGUGAAGCCGAAGAGGAAGUUAUAACGGAACAACAGUUUUUAAGAAAUUAUAAUGAUGACAUAAAAAGGCAAAUGUUGGACGAUUCAAGUACAGAUUCUGAGGCAUUAGAAGAAGAUGAUGACGAGCUAUUAAAAGCCUCUUCAGAAGAAGAUGGAGAAGGCGGCACCAAAUCGCCUUUAGUGGAAAAGUUUCUUAAAACAUUUGUGGUCGAUGACAGUGAUAAUGAUAUAGAAGAUAACGAUGAUGAUGAUGAACUUGAUUUAGAUAGCGAUAAAGAUGAGGAAGAAAAGGAUAAAGAUAAAGAUAAACAGGAAAAUAAAGAUGAUGAUGAAAUUGGUGUAGACGAUAAGACGGUGAAACUUGAAGAAAAUGCAAUCGAUGAAGAAACACAUACAGCUGCAGAAAUGGAAUUAUUAAAUGAUAAUUUUCGCAUUCGCAAUUACACUAAACCACAAAAUCUGGACAAAAUGUUAUUGGAGGCGGAGAAACGUAAAAAAAUUAGUAAAAUUGAUGCAGAACUUAUCAGUUUAAGUUCGGACAGUUCAAAUUCUGAUGUUGAAGCGGUAGAUGUGGAACCGAGUCAAAAGCCAAGAUCUCUCAAACCCAUGUUGCGGCCCGAUCAAUUGGCUGGUGAAACAAUUAAGGCUCAAAAAUUGGAAAAUGAACGUAUAUCACGUUUGGAAAAGAAACACAAUACCCUGGAUAAAGUUCUAAAAGAUCAUCCAGAUGUGGACAAAAACAAAGAAUUAAUCUUGGACUAUAUAAAGGAAACGAAAACCUUUAUUAAGGUUCAUCCGGGCAUUGUAAAGUAUUUAAAGCCUCAUCAAUUUGAUGGUGUGCGUUUUAUGUACGACUCCUGUUAUGGCGGUGUGGAUGCUUUAAAGAAAAUUCCUGGCUCUGGUUGUAUUUUGGCGCAUUGUAUGGGUCUUGGAAAGACCUUGCAAUUAAUUUCUCUCUUACAUACUGUGAUCUCCUAUAAGGAACUGAAAACCACAAAAAUUUUAGUUUUAUGUCCCAAGAGUACGGUCAUGAAUUGGGCUGACGAGAUUAUACGUUGGCUGGGCCCCUUGAGACAAAAAAAUGUUAAAGUCUAUACUUUUAGUGAUACCUCCGACAUUAAUGAAAAGUUGAGCAUAAUCAAAGAAUGGUCUCUGUCAAAUCAUGCACGAGCUGGCUGUUUAUUGAUUGGCUAUGAAGCAUUUCGUACUUUAGUAUUUUAUCAUUCUUAUAAAAAUCGUGGCAAUGUUAACCCUGAACGUUUAGAAGAAAUAAGAUUACUUGUAAAUAAAUAUCUUUUAACACCUGGUGCUGAUUUGGUUGUUUGUGAUGAAGGUCAUAUUAUUAAAAAUAGUAAUUCAGCUAUUAGUAAGGCUGUGGCUAAAAUAGAAACUCCGAGACGUAUUGUUUUGACUGGUACACCCAUACAAAACAAUCUUAAAGAAUAUUAUAGUAUGGUUAACUUUAUUAAACCCUUAUUUUUGGGUACAGAAAAAGAAUUUGCCAAUCUUUAUGCCAACCCCAUUAAAAAUGGUCAGCAUAAAGACUCGGGAAAAAUGGAUAUUAAAAUUAUGAAACAAAGAUCGUUUGUUUUGCACAAAAAACUAUCGAAAUUUGUUCAGCGCAAAGAAGCUGAACUUUUAAAAACAUUCUUGCCAACGAAAUUCGAAUAUGUUCUAUUUAUACCCAUGACUGAUGUACAGAACAAUCUGUAUCAACAUAUCUUAAAUGCUAUCAAAAAUCGUGAUGAAAAUUAUCGUGGCAAAGGACUUAUAACAGAUUAUACAUGUUUACGUAAAAUUUGGACACAUCCGAAAGUAUUAGAAGAUGCUUGGAAGAAUGCCAUAAGUCAACGCAAUAAAAAAGAAAUACGCAAUAAAAAUUUGGCACACAAUUCCGAUGAUGAUCAACCAGAUGAUAUCUAUGAUAGUCAGACUGGCCAGAUGUCGGUUACAAAUGACUGGUGGCGUCAUUUGGUUACAGAAACUGACUUGGAAUCUGUAAUGCCCAGUAAUAAAUUACGUACCAUGUUUAAAAUUUUAGAAAUGUGCGAAGAAAAAGGAGAAAAAUGUUUAAUAUUUUCUGCUUUUGUUGCGGUUUUAAAUGUUGUCGAAUAUUUCUUUAAGAAACUUACGGAUAAAGAUCCGGAAAUUUUAAACGAAUUAAAAAUCAAUAGAAAUUCUAAAUGGAUUUUGGGUCAUGACUACUAUAGAUUAGAUGGUAAAACUCCAAAAUCUAUACGUCAUGCUAUGAUCAAUGAAUUCAAUAACGUGGAUAAUAAAUCCGCUAGAGUAUUCUUAAUAUCAGCCAAAGCUGGCGGUCAAGGUAUCAAUUUAAUAGGUGCUAAUCGUGUUAUCAUAUUGGAUACUUCAUGGAAUCCUUCGAACGAUCAACAAAACAUAUUUCGAGUUUUUCGUUUGGGACAAAAACGUUGUUGCUACAUUUAUCGUUUAUUAGCCAUGGGCACAAUGGAAGAAAAGGUGUAUUCACGUUCCGUAACAAAACAAGCCAUGAGUUUUAGAGUUGUGGAUGAACAACAAAUUGAUAGACAUUAUAAUAUGGCCGAAUUGGCAGAGUUAUAUACAUUAACAAUACCCGACAAAAAUAAUCGUCCCACACCGAUUUUACCCCAGGACAGUAUAUUGGCCAGACUAUUGCGUGCAUUCCCCGAAUUAGUUUUCAAAUAUCAUGAACACGAUAGUCUUUUGGAAAACAAGGUCGAACAGGAAUUGAGUGAACAGGAAAAGAAUGAGGCUUGGACGGCAUACGAAAGAGAUUUGCAAAUGAAUUCAGAAAUAAGAGAAAUGCCAAAUAUGGAAGAUUUACAGAGUAAAUUUAAUGCUUCAAAUUUAUCGAAUUAUUUAUCACCAUUUUCUGGAUUAGAUGUGAGUAACAAUCAAAAUCCAAGUAGUAAAAAUAUGUCGCAUCUCUUAAAUUACAAUCGAGGUUUUGGACAAAACUUUCUACAAUCAUUAUUGGGCCAAAAUACUAAUGCUGCUCUUAACACUCAGCAAUAUAUCGAUAUGUAUAAUUAUUACAAAAAUCUAAACACUACUUAUGCCGAUAUGAAUCCUUAUGGUACAAUGCCUGGACUAAGUACUGGUGGAGGACCUGGUCGAAUGCCAACAUCUUCAACAGCGUCAGCGGUACCUACAAAUCCAUUAGCAGCGCUAGGAGAUCUAAGUAUGUUCGGUUUAAGUUCAUCGGCUUUGCAAUCAUUGGGAGCCAAUGCAGCGGCACUAAAUUUACCCAGCAGUUUAGGUAACAGCAGUAGUGCAGCCCUACAGCAAAUGUCAACAUCAGCAUCUAUGUAUACUUCGCCAUCAGCAUUAAAUACAAAUUUACCGAUAACAUCCGCUAGUAAUAUGGCAGCGGGUGGUUUAGCAAGUGCCAAUAAUUCGGCGGCCGCGCUAUCGGCAUUUGAGCAAUACAAACAGUCAUUAAGAGGUUCAUACAACAGCAUGUACAAUUAUACGGGCGAUUUUGGUUUAUCAUCGUCUGGAUCAACUAUAUUGGAUAGUUCGAAAUCUAAAAGCUCAAAACAUGGAGGUGGUUCGAAUAAUAAAAAUUUACCAGGUGGUUCAAAAGGAGGUUCAGCUAUGGGUUUUUUACCAGGACCUCCUGCCUAUAUGCCACCUCAACCCCAGCCACCAGCACAGCAACAGCAUGUUCAGCAACAUAGACCUAAUUCAAGGAAUACUCCUACAUAUGAACCUCAACAACAGCAACAGCCACAGCAAAAAUCUAAAUCAUCAACAAAAUCACCAUCUUCAGCUACAAGCAAUUCUCUAAUGGCUUCAUCGGAUGCUAAUUCGUCUGGAAGAUCUAGAAGUUUGUUAAGUUAUAGAAGAUCUGAACCGUCAUCUUCUUCUUCUACUUCGGUGGGAGCAACGAAUACAACUAAGCAAGCCAGCGAUAAUUUGUCACAGCAUAAACAAAAUCCACCAGCACAACAAAAGAAAUCUGAGGAAAAUAGUGGCAAUAAUGUAAACAGUGGAAAUAACAAAGCAAUGCUAACACCUAAUCCUAAACCUAUGAAAGCUCCAGCAAGUGGCCCGCAAGUAUUACCAUCAAAUCAAAAGGCAAACCAAAAAUCUGGCUCAAUACAUGGUACUAGCGGCAAUAUUUCCAAUUCUAGCAGUUCUACUUCUUCUAGUAAUUCAAACCAAAAAUCUGGCUCAAGUGGCAGUAGUACCAUUUCUAGCAGUUCAACUACUUCUAGUAAUUCUAACAACAAAUCCACAUCAUCUGCGCAGUCAGAGUCAAAUCGUGCUAUGAAUAUGGGCAUUUUAUAUCCCAAUUCAAAAGGAUCGGAUAAAACAUCCAAUAAACCAAAUUCUCCUUUAAAUAUGGGCAUUGUUUAUCCAAAAUCUUCUAAUAAAUCCGCAUCUGAAAUGCAAAUAAUACCCACCUCUUCUCCACCGGGAACUAUAAGCAUAUCGAAACAAUUGAAUGAAUUAUCACCCAGUAUAUCGUUGACAGCUCUUAAAACCAAUGCACCAAAUAAAUCACAACAAAAUCAGAAUAUUAAAUCAAAUAAUAGCAAUUUCAAUAAUUCUACGCCAAAUGCUCAAAUAAGUAAAAUAAUUCAAAAUAACAGCAAUUUAAGGAGAACUACAAGUCCUGUAAAUACAGCAGCUAUUGCUAGUAAAUUAUCAUCAUCCUCUAAUCUUAAUGCUGGUAGUUCUGCUGCUGGUUCUACCGCCACUACAACGAAUCAAAGUAAUUUGCUGGCUAGAAUUAAAAUCGCCAAUAGUAAAAAACCCGUAAAUGGCAACAAUAAUAAUCCCGUGCCACCUUUACAUAGAGCCGCCACAAUGGUAAGCAUACCCACAACAAGUGCAGCAGCAAAAACUUCUACGGGUUUGACUAUAACAAACGUAAAAACUCCCAUAAAAAAUCCAAAUAUAUCAACGAAAGCUCUAACAUCAAGUCAACAAAUCUCCACAUUAGCCAAACAAACAGCAGCCGCUGCAGUGGCCAAAUCGAAUGUGAAUCGUUUAAGUAAUUCUGGUGGCAGCAGCUCCGAUAAUUUAGCACUACAUACAAAUCAAAAUACCACAUUGCCCUCGCUCACUUCUUUCAAAAAGGUAAUUAAACGAAAUUCACCGAAUAUGGGAGCUGGCAACAAUAAACUCCCUGCCCUCACAUCGUCACCUUCUUUAACGGUAACUAGCGCCGGCAAUAAAUUACCCAUUAUCAGCAGUGUUAAGUCUAUUUCACAAUACCCCUCCACCAUGGCUACUAUAUCAAAGGCAUCAAUUACCAAAAUAAACUCUCCCUCAAAUCAACCAUCAAAUAAUUCGACGUUGACAAAAUCUUCGAUUGGAUCCAACAAUCAGCCUUCAGUAUCAAAUGUUUCGAAAACAUUAGCUCAAAUGCAAAAACGUUUACCCACAUCACAGACGACACCAACGACAUCGUCGACACCGGCUAAUGCGGCAAAUGCUAUACGAAAUACAGUAAAUAUAAGACCAGUGGAUACUAAACAAAAUCCGGCUGGAACGGGCGGUGUCUACAUAAUAGAAACAAAUAUCAAUGAUAAAAAAUUGGCAAUAGGAGCACCAACGAAAAGUGGCGGCGGUACGACGGUUACCAAAGUUCCCACCCAAACUGCAAUAAAACGUAAAUCAACAGAUCCUUUAUCCAAAGAUAAAACAAUUGAAACAAAAAGGUUGAAAAAUUAAAUCUUACAUACUUAUACAUACAUAAUAUUUGUAGUUUAUAGUAUUUAUUUUAAGAUAUUGAAUUUAAAAUAAGUAAUUCUAUACGUAUACAUAAAUACAUAUAAAUUCGAAAAUAAUCGCAAGUGGAAAAGGAAAUUUUACAAUUAAAUUAUAGGAGUUAGUUUCUUUUUAACUAAUUUGUUUUUUUUUAAAUAUAUAAAACUAAAAUUUAGUUGUGUACUGUUUUAAAAUUAGAUUACUAAUUAUCAUUAUAAAAUAUAAAUAUAUAGCUAAAUGUUUAUUUUUUAAACGACAAAUAAAUACUUUGUUAUAUACAUAAAUAUUUUAAUACGAAUACUUUUAACUUAUUACAUUUAAGUUUAAUGUUGUUAUAAUCCAAAGUAUUAUAACGAUUUUUUAUAAUGAUAAAAAUUAAAUUAAUAAAAAACCAUUUAAGUUAUUAACCAGUGCAUGAUGAUUGAUGGAAAUAAAAUCUUAAAAAUCAUGUCGUA